CUUCCACACGCCCCGCACCGUCCGCAUCCCCCGCCUCAGAGCGCUACCCACACGUCUCCCAAACACACUUAAUUAGUUUUCGACACAGCUCCGCGCAAUGUCUGCAGCGAAGAAAGCCCCUGCCGCCAAAUCGGCCGCCAGCAAGAAAUCGGCUCCCCGGGCCCCCGCAGCUCACCCGCCCUGGGUCGAUAUGAUCAAGGAGUGCAUUGCUGGUCACCCCGAGGAUGCCCGCCAAGGCGUCUCACGACCCCAGAUCAAGAAGUUCGUCGAGGACACGUACAAGCUUGAAUUCGGUGCAGCGCAGACCACCCAGCUAAGCAGGGCCAUUACGACUGGGGCUGAGAAAGGCCACUUCGUUUUGCCGAAGGGUCCCUCCGGGCGCGUGAAGCUCCCGCCUAAGAACCAGCGACCCGCUGAACCCUCUGCUACCAAAGAGAACAAGCCCGACACAAAGCCCGCCAAAGCCGCUCCGAAGGCUAAGGCUCCGGCCAAGAGCACUACUACUGCUAAGGCGGCUGCUCCGAAGAAGGCUGCGACCGCGAAGAAGCCUGUUGCCGCGAAGGCUGCCGCUGCAAAGCCCAAGGCUGUUGCGUCUAAGAGGGCUGUGCCGGCAAAGGCUGCCCCCAAGCCCAAGGCCGCAGCAGCGCCCAAGGCUAAGGCUGCUCCCGCGAAGAAGGCUGCGCCUGUUAAGAAGGCUCCUGCUAAGAAAGUCGCGGCUCCUGCGAAGAAGACUUCGACAGCCAGCAAGAGGGACUCUGUCAAGAAGUCCGUCACUGGCAAGGCACCCGCGAGCAAGAAGACUGCCACUCGCGCAACGAAGACCACUACGCGCUCGACCAAGGCCAAGAAGCCGUAAAUCCUCACACUCCACCACCACGUCUCUAUCUAUCUACUCGAUCUGUCCCGCCCUUCUCGUCAUGUUCCGUCCCCCUCCCUCCGGCUCCCGAACUUAUACUUCCUCCGAUAUGCCUAUGUAUGUAUGUAUGUAUACCCGACAGCGUGCGCUGGAGUGCGCGCCCCCUCGGGCCCGUUUCUGUCUCGCAUCGCAUACCGUAUGUACCAGUACUAUGAUGUAUCGUUCUCUUGAGGACGUUCGUGUGUCUGGAGACUCGUAAUCGUAUGUAUACACGCGUACCGUAUGGACAUCCUUAGACGGCUCCUAUUCCCGAUUCCUGCCGAGCUACCGUGUUGUAUUCGAUUAUACGAGGGAUCCAAUUCUUUCA